UGAGCGCCAUUUUUUCCUCAACAGGGGAAGAAAGGGACAAAAGCUAAGAGCAAAAAAAAAAAAAAAACUAACUUAUCACCGGAGUUCGUUUGCUAUCAUUACGGUUCGCGUUGGGCUCCGGUGUUGACGCAACGGUGUAUACGGGAGGGUGGCGCUCCGGUAAGUGUGUGGUGCGCGGCGCUGGGAGCAGACGCAGCACACCGACUCACACAGGUGGGCCAGUGGAAGCAAGCGGUGAUCGUUAGCUCCACUGCCGGUGGCACAGCGACGACGAACGUUAAUCAGCGCUGAAGAUCCAACGAGUGUGUGAGAAUCAUGUAUCAGCUUCCAGUUGGAAAUGUUGAGAAGAUUCGAAAGGGACGCAGAGCAGUGAAAAACAUCUUAAGUGAGAUUGGCUUAGAGGACUGCCAAACCUUCCUAAAGGAUCUCAAUGAAAGCUCGGAGAAAAACGCAGACGAAGACGAAGCCUUUCAGCAAACUGACUGGAUUGAUAUCACAGAGGGGUACAGCAGACGGCAUCGAAAGAAGUGGCCUUAUCGGUCUCGAUCUUUAUGCUGCAACCAGUGCAAGUACUCUUCUCAAAACCUCUACAACUUCAGGACACAUGUAAGCCGCUGCCAUGGAUGCGUCGAGUCCUUUUGUACACUGACGCCCUGCUCUCAUUGUAUCUUUAUAAGCCAUCCCAGGAAUGUCAAGAGGCACAUGCAAUUCUUUCACUCAAAAGUCCCAGUACCGGUCACACAGCCUCAGAAAAGUUCUUUAAUCACGCACAUGGGAAAUGAAAGAUACCAGUGUCGAAAAUGUGGAUUCCCAAACUCCUCCAUCUUCGCAAUGAAGAAACACAUCAUUCUCAAGCACCUGCCCAGUUUGGCAGACCAGUAUGUUGGCUACAGAUUACAGCAACAGCUGAAUGCCUCCGUAAAGAUCUAUUGCUGCAAGGUGUGCUCGGUGAACACUGGAACUCUAGACCAAAUGUUGCAUCACCUGCUGGUGGAACCUGUGCAUCACACUAUCGCCAUACAAGUGCAAAGCUUUAUUGUUGAAAACAAGAAGUACACCACAAAACCCACUCCUAAUGGGAAUGGAUUAUAUGUCACAUUCCCAAGUAUCGCCCCGAAACCACAGAAUUCUCAGACAUUUACAAAUAACUCGUUGGUUUUACAGAGUAAUGGCCAGUCUCCUGGGACUGUACUGGCUUUGCAGCAAGUACAAGGAGCUACAAACAGUGCAACACUGAUUUGCACACCAGGAACCAACCAAGCUUUCCUGCCCCCCCAAGCCUCAGCGCUAGUGCAGCUGGCUAGCGCUGAAGCUAAAGGUUUGCUCCAACCCGGUGCCACAAUAUCCCUCCAAAGUGCUCCACCGCAAGGAUCAUCAGCCAUUGUUCAGGUUCCCACUAUGACUAAUAUGUCUCUUAAACCGGCACCAAUAACCCAACCUGUUGCUACAACUCAGCCCCUACAGCAACAACCUCCACAAGCACAGCAGGUUGUUCUUCCUCCCGGAAUGCAGCCCAGUGUGUCUGGGACUGGGACCGGGACUGGGACUGGGACUGUGGCUAAGCAAACCAAACACACCCCACUACAGGGUACCAUGCUGACGUCACAAUCCCUACUAAGUCACCUGAUUCCGACUGGUAAUAGAGUGAACGGCAUGCCCACAUACACCUUUGCUCCUCUGCAAGCCACAAUGCCCGUCUCCCAGAGAACAACCACUCCCCUUCAACCUGUCGAGCAAACUAGUAACUCGGCACCACAAACCAAGAAAUGGGUCACGUGUCCCUUCUGCAAUGAGCUUUUCCCUUCAAAUGUCUUUGAAUUGCACACAGAGGCAGCACAUCAAACAAAGUCCUCUACCUCGAGGUCUCAAAGCUUGGCGGCCAGAGCAGCAUCCCUCAAGAAAAUGCCUGACAAAACAGUCAAAUGCCUAACAUGCAAAAUUCUACUAUCAGAAAAGACACUCUUCCAGCACCUGCUUCAUGGCCUCAACUGUUUGUACUGCUCAGCUUUGUUCUUUUCUAUCAAGCAGCUCAUAGUUCAUGUGCAGAUCCACAAUCCCUCGGGCAAGGUAUACUGUGAUUUCCUAAGGCAAAAGUAUAGGGUGUACUCUAAACCAAACGGGGACAUUCUGUUUCCUUACAUUGACGUGAACACCACCGCACCUAAAGAGAUUCUAGGAGAUACGGAGGUCAAUCUUGCUCUGGUAACAAACACUUUGGACUUGAUCUUCUUUAAAAUCCAUCCCAGCAACCAGCAGGAAAUCUGCCAGGCACCUGUUAAGUUCAACAGCAUGUACUGCCCCUUCUGCGAUGAAAAAUUCCAGAAUCAGUCCGUUCAUGCCCAGCACCUGAAGCAGAAACACUUUGUCGCACCCACCAUUCAUGCCAUCCUCAAGACCGAGGCGUUCAAAUGCAUAUAUUGCAAUGGCGUGUACACGGGAAAGGUCACCCAACAGGCUGUGAUGCUCCACAUUCAGAGAUGCCGCUGCUCGCCGAAACCUCCACAGCCGCCGAAGCCCCCUCAUCUGCCUAAACCCACAUUAGUGGUGCACCAACAGCAGCCACCAAAACCAACCCAGCAGAUCAGUCAGACAACAGGACUCUACUUUGUCCCGAUGCCUCAAGGACUGACAAUGGCACGGACUUUAGCUCCAGCUCGAGUGAUUGCUCCCACAAAACCUCCAGAACCUGAAGAAUCUGAAGCAGAGAAGCAGUCUAAGAAAAGACUGGAAGCUGCGUUGAAGGAGGCCAUGGAGGCCAACAAACGAGAGCGGGAACACAAAGCAGCCAUGCGCAAGAAGAGAGAGGAGGAAAGGCUGUUGCAAGAAAAGCUGGAGCAAGAGAAGAAGUUACUCCAACCAGAGCCUGAGGUUCAGAGCGACCCAAUGGUGAAGCUCCUCAUAGAACCGAACUCGAUGGAGCGACGUUGUGUCGAGAAUCGCCGAGAUUUUAUAACAAAGUACUUCAACCUGAAUCCAUAUGCGAGCAAGGCUGAGACCGAAGAGCUUAGCAGGAGGCUUUCCCUAAACAAAUCAGAGCUGUUGGGGCAGUUCAGCAAGAGGCGCAGCAAGUGCAUAAAGAGUCUCGGAAGUAAUUCAGCCGCCAUUCUCCUUGGAUUUAACAUGACUGAAAUGAGCAAAGUAAAGCACAACAUGCUGAUACCGGAGCAGCAGCCACCUGUCGACGCCUUGGAUACUCAGCAGGAUGAUGAUGAAGAAGCGGAAUCUCUGCCGCCAUCCACCGACGUGGGAAUGCAGGCAAGGGCCACCGAACCAGAAUCGAUAGAUGUAAGUGAAGCUACAAAAGCCUCCACAGGAGAGCAGAUGGAAUGAACUAAUCUGUGUUUGAAAAUUGGACCUGGAAGCAAAUGUCUGAAUAUAAAAUGGAAAACCUAUUAAUUAAGAUGGCCUUUUGAGUUGAGUCAUAGAAUGUUUUCAGAUCCUUACAUAUAAUGGUGCGUUUCCUCAUAACAACACACAAGUUACUCUGUUUAAGGCAGUUUGUUGACGUAGCUUAGUGAUUAAUUUGAUAUCAGUGUUCCCGACUGGAAUAUACCACUCGCCAUGAUGUUGAUGCUCUGGAACAAUGAACAGUUUAGUUGGAACAGUAUUUAUCUGGAUUUGAUCUCUUCAUACUGUGUUUCCCUUGAGACUUCACAUUUUGUUUCAAACUGUGUUCAAGACCAAAUUCUUCAGUGUGUGUGUUGAGUUCAUGACCUUUUUUUUUAAAAACCACUUUGUUUGUGUAGGCAAAAACCAGUUACUUGUGCCAUUGUUAUAUACGUAUUUGCAUUGACUUUUGAAAAUUUCCAUCAAGUUUCAUUACAUUUUUGGGGUAUUGUGUGCGUUGUUAUUAUUUUCUUCACCUUUUUCUUUUUUGUACCAUUUUCUAUUAAUUCCUUAAAGUAUGAUACUGUUGGAUUAUAUAUAAAUAAAAAAACAUCAAUGUCCAAUUAAAACAAGUGAGUUCCAUUUACGUUAGUAAACAGGGCUUUUAAUGGGUAACAGGAAAUGCAUAAACGCAAUAAACAAGCUGAAUAAAUUCUCACGUCACAAGUUUUUAACAUUUAAGCAGCUUUUAGUUCAGCCAAACAUUUAAUCAUUGAUUGCAUGCACAAUAAGACUUCAUAGCUAUUUAAAAAUAUAUAAGCUUAAAUGCGACUAAUGUAAAUUUCGUAGUAAAAUGGCCUGUAUUUGAUAUAGAGCCUUCUAGAAUCCUGGAACCCUCCAAGGCGCUUUACAACACAAGUCAUUCACCCAUUCACACACAGAUGGUGAUGAGCUACGAUGUAGCCACAGCUGCCCUGGGGCGCACUGACAGAGGCGAGGCUGCCGAGCACUGGCGCCACCGGUCCCUCCGACCACCACCAGCAGGCAAGGUGGGUUAAGUGUCUUGCCCGAGGACACAACGACAGCGACAGACUGAGCAGGGGCUCGAACCUGCAACCUUCCGAUUACGGGGCGAGCACUUAACUCCUGUGCCACAGUCACCCCAUAGUUUGGUAGUAAGACCAAACCAGUACCUAAUGGUACCUUCCGUUUCACAGAGCCAGGCUUGUAAUCAUGGUUACCUUUCAGCUAAUCAGUGUCUACUUUAAAAUAAUACUUAUCGAUUAGGAGCCUAAAGCAGAAGCUAAACACUCCAAAGUUUUUCUACUAACUCCUACUUUUCGAUUAGGUAAUAACGUUUAUUUUUAAUUAACAUGCAGCUCUUCGUGUUUUCGGAACAGUCAGUUAAUCUCUGAUGUUAAGGACGUACAGUUUUCGCUGCUCGGCACCAUGAUUUGAUCACGGAGCGAUGGGCCGGUGUAGUUGUUGGUCUGAACGGCCUUCAGCCUGGUCACGUAUUCGUCUGGGAGAUUGUUCUGCACUGCACCCAGACACACCACCUUUUGUAAAAAAACAAAAAAUGAUCACCUUAAUUGGGUUACAAACAUAGUUUCAGGAGAAUUAAGUUUACAAGUUCACACCUCUUUGUACUGAGGAGAUGCAACAGUAGCAUAGAAAUUAUUCAUCUGAUACGUCCUGCAGACCACCGGGCCUUUGUCUGUCUCCACCGACACAGUCAAAGGAGUGUAGAAUCCAUCUUUCACACCUUCCUGGCUAAAAGAGAAUCCACGUGGUUAAUGCUUCACUAAUUUACUAAUAACUCUAUUAACAGAUGGGUGUUUGUGUGUCUCACCUGUCUAAGUUUGCAAGAUCUUCAUUGUUCAGAGACCAGAUCACCCCCCACACCUCUGCACCUGGGCUGUGCUCAAUGGUGCCCACUCCACCAUGCCAUCGAGUUGUAACAUUUUCACCCCAAAGACCAAAGUUCAGCUUAUAAUCCUGAAGACACGGAAAAGAGUUGACAGUAACGCAUGAGACACAAGUGAGCAGAAAUCAGGCUUUACUGUGCUCGGUCAUCCAGGUCAUGGUCAUCCAAAUAGGUUCCAAUGAAGGCAAAUUGACUUCUUUGGUUUCGUUCUACAAAAGUGCUUGAAUGAUGAGGUCAACUGGUCAACUUUGGCUGCGUGAUGGCAGGUUUGAAUCCCAGAUGUUUGCACACCUGCAUGUUCUCAUGCAUGCGUUUCCUUGGGUACUAUGGUUUCCUCCCUCAGACCAAAACAUCCAUGAUGGCUUAGUGAUUUUCUAAAGUGUCCCCUGGUAAGUGUGUGUGCGUGGUUGUGUGUCCCUGUGAUGGACAGGAGACCUCUCCAGGGUGUCCCCCGCCUGGGUAAGAAAGUGGAAGAGUGGUGGCCUCCAGAACCCCAGACAACACGGACAAACAUGUCUACUAGUUACUUUCAUCUAAAAUAUAAAGAUAUUUAGCAGAAACCUAUUUUUCUGUCUAUAAUACAACAGUCAAUGAAGAAGAAAAAAACGUACACAAAUUUGUUUGAAGCAACUUUUGCUUCAGCCCUGCAGCAGCUUGUCUCGUGCCACCCGGAAGUGUGCUAAACAUAUCUGUCGUCAUCAUGAAAGUCUCAUCUCGGUUUCAUUAAGUGACAAAAAAGUAAAAAAUAGUAGCGUUAUUUAAUUGUGUUACAUAUGAAGCACAUUAUUCAUGGUAUGUUGUCAUAGCUAGCUAAGCUAACA